GGGAAGAGCGCAGAGCGCGGCUGGGAAAAGACGCUGCUGCGCUCGAGAAGUGCCUGCAGCUUCCCGGACCAUCCCGACAGCACUCCUGGGUGGUUUAACCUGCCAAGUUCUACAGAAUGAGUUACCCAGGAUAUCCUUCCGCAGGUGGGUAUCCUCCCGCAGGUGGGUAUCCUCCUGCAAGUGGAUAUCCUCCUUCUGCUCCAGGCAGCAAUCCCUGGGGAUCUCCCAGCUACCCUCCUGCAAACCCUCCUCCAAUUGGGCUUGAAAAUGUUGGCAGCUACGCAAAUCAAUUUAAUCAAGAUCAUAUGGCCGGCAUGGCUGCCAAUAUGUCGGGAACAUUUGGUGGUGCCAACGCGCCACCGGGUAUAUACCCUCCGGCCUCUGGUGGCUAUCCUCCUGCUGCCCCAGGGGGCUUUGGGCAACCUCCUCCGGGGGGCUUUGGUCAGCCACCUCCAGGCGGCUUUGGGCAGCCUCCACAAGGACAGCAGUCGGCUUAUGGGAUGUACCCCCAAGCCCCAGGAGGAAACCCACCAUCGGGAAUGCCAUCUUAUCCAGCAUAUCCAGGCAGCCCCAUGCCGCCAGCAGGACAGCAGCCCCAACCAACGACGUAUCCUGGGCAGCAGCCCCAGCCAACAACAUAUCCUGGGCAACAGCCCAUGCCAAGUUAUCCUUCUGGCCCAACUGUAAAUCCUUCUAUGCCGUCCUAUCCAGGACCUACAAUGCCUACAGUUACUCCUGGAAUGUCCGGAAACCGAGGCACAAUCCAUGAUGCUCCAUCAUUUGACUCCCUGAGGGAUGCAGAAGUAUUGAGGAAAGCCAUGAAAGGAUUUGGAACUGAUGAACAGGCAAUCAUAGAUUGUCUUGGAAGUCGUUCAAACAAGCAACGGCAGCAGAUUAUGCUCUCAUUCAAAACUGCAUACGGAAAGGAUUUGAUCAAGGACCUGAAGUCUGAGCUCUCAGGCAACUUUGAGAAGACCAUCUUGGCAAUGAUGAAGACGCCUAUCCUAUUUGACGUUCAUGAGAUAAAAGAGGCUAUAAAGGGCGCUGGCACAGAUGAAGCCUGCCUGAUAGAAAUCCUGGCAUCGCGCAGCAACGAGCACAUUCGGGAAAUCAAUAGGGCAUACAAGACAGAAUUUAAGAAAACUCUGGAGGAAGCCAUCAGAAAUGACACAUCGGGACACUUCCAGAGGCUUUUAAUCUCGCUUGCUCAGGGAAACCGAGAUGAAAGCAGCAACGUGAACAUGUCAGCUGUUCAAGCUGAUGCUCAGGCGCUGUACGCAGCAGGAGAGAAUCGUCUCGGGACAGAUGAAUCCAAGUUCAACGCAAUUCUCUGUGCCAGAAGUAGAGCUCACCUAAGAGCAGUUUUCAAUGAAUACCAGCGAAUGUGUAACCGUGACAUUGAGAAGAGCAUAUGUAGAGAGAUGUCUGGAGACCUUGAAUCCGGGAUGCUGGCUGUAGUUAAGUGUAUGAAAAACACCUCGGCUUUCUUUGCAGAGAGGCUGCAGAAGGCCAUGAAGGGUGCUGGGACCAAAGACAGGACUCUCAUCCGCAUCAUGGUUUCGCGCAGUGAGGUUGACUUGCUGGAUAUACGGCAGGAAUACAAGCGGAUGUAUGGCAGAUCUCUCUACACAGACAUCACGGGCGACACUUCAGGAGACUACCGGAAAAUCCUUCUCAAACUGUGCGGUGGAAACGACUAAGUGGCGCUGGUUUGCAAUUUUGUUUGUUUCAAAAGAUCAGCUAGCAUUAUGUUACCGUUUUAUACCGCUGUCAAAUCUCUACAGUGCCGUGUUUGGUAAACAAUUCAUAUUCCAUUCACUUAACAUUGUAUACAGAAAUAAAUUCUGCUAUGAUAA